CAUACUCGAACAGUCUCCCAUCUUCUUCUUCUUCAAUCGGGAGGGAGGGGGAAGGGGUUGGAUCCGUCGCGAGUCGGUCUUGUCUCCAUUUGCCCCCCCAAUUCCAGCCGCAAAACUGCUGAGCAGGGCUGUGCAGCUGUACACCCUCAAGCUUUGCUCCUUUGAGCUGAAGACAGCGAUGGCAAGUUGGGUCACUCAGGGGCUGCUGUUUGUUCAGGAUGAGAAUCAAGUUGCUCGUCACAAAAAGAGUACUGUUGAUGGAGCAGCUAGGGGUUUGGGAAGUCGUAAAGCACUACAGGACAUUACAAACAAAUCAUCCCUUCAUCCUGAAGCAUCAAUAAAGAAAAAAGAUCCACAGAAGGAAGAAUUUAAUGUAGCUGAGGAGAUGUUUUUGCAUGACCACCAAAAGUGCAUUGAGGCACAACAAGCAGCCUUCAACAAUUUUGACUUGAACUUGGUUCUUCCUGGUCAUGAUUCUGUGUCUACUGCAGAACGUUCAGAAUAUGAACAGGCAAAGGCUGAGGCUGAUUAUGAUAGCCCUCGCUGCUACCCUGAGCCAUCUGAACUUCCCAUGGAUGAGUUUUCUGAUUACUUAGAAUAUUCAACACAAUGGAGUUCUCCUCCAUGUUCACCGAUGCUCUGGGACACGCCCACAUCUUGUGAAUAUGCAUGGCGAUUUGAGGAUGUGGAAUUUCUCCUCAAGCAAGAGACUGAUUUUUGAACUUUACUCUUUUA